AUGAUUAUUUAUUUUUUACUAUUCAUCCUUAUUAUUGCUCAUUUUCAACAAAUUCAUUCAUUGCGUUGCAAAUGCAAUGCAAAUCGUGGACCAUCACAUUGCACUGGUGAUUUUUGCGAUAUACAUAAUCGUAAUGGUAAACGUGCAGCAUGCGGUGCAUUACGACGUGCACAUCAAACUAUUUUUGCAUGCGUAUUAAUUCGUCAAACAUCCAAUGAUACAUAUUGCCAUGUAAUUGGUAGUACAACAGCAUCUAGAACAAUGAAAUCAAUAAUUUUACAUAAAAAUAAUAAACAAUCGAUAAAACCGAAAAUUAAUCCUGCAAUUGAAAUUGAUAUCGCAGAAACGAUAAAACUUACACCACAACGGCAAAAUCCACCAACGGUUAUUACGGAAAUAAUUUCCGACAACUAUGAUUAUACAUUAGAUGAAGAGUGA